AUGUCGUUUAACCUUACCUCCGCUAACAGCCGCAGAGGUAUCACUUCAAAUAGAAGAAACGUACUUAAUCGUCCUUCACGGCGAAAACAAGCCACUAAAAAACAGCCACCGAAGAACGAAACCGCCAUUGUUGCGACCGGUUCUUGCCGUUACGACAGUUCUCUCGGUCUUCUCACAAAGAAGUUUGUUUGUCUCUUAAAAGAAGCUAAAGAUGGAGAUUUAGACCUGAACACAGCGGCCACUGAAUUGAAAGUACAAAAACGUAGAAUAUACGACAUUACCAAUGUACUAGAAGGAAUUGGAUUAAUUGAAAAAAAUUCAAAAAACCAUGUUCGUUGGAAAGGUACACAAUUACAAUCAGCAUCUUCACUACGCCAGAAUUAUAAAACAAAAAUUGAAGAACUUCGAGCGGCAAAUGCCACACUUGAAACUGAGCGACUGGAACUUGAAAAGGCCAAUCAAAAUGUGGAUAUUAAUAUUAAAAAUAUAUAUGAAGCUGAAGAAAGAUUCACCUAUGUAUAUAAAUCGGAAAUCGAAAAGAUUAACUCUUUCCAUGAAGAUAUAUUGAUUGCAGUGAAGUCUCUUCCAGGGAUACCCUUGCAGAUGUCCGAGGAGAUUGAGAAUGGACAAACGAAUCGACCCUUAUACCAAAUUCACAUACGCGAUCCAAGUGGUCAGCCAUUUUACAUUCUUCAACUUUCGGAUAGUAAUCCAGAAGACCAUUUCACCAUAACGAAUAGUCAUUAUGGACUAGGAAAUAUGUCGUCACGUGCAUUCACACAACCUAGUCCACCAUUGAAUAUUCAUGAUAAUGGUCCACUCCGUCUCAACAUAGCACUUCCUCCACCUUAUCCUCAUCCAACCUCAACGCCAACUCCUCCUGAUGAGGACUACGAUAUGAUUUAUGGUAGUAUGGACGAUCAUCGUUUACACUAUCGACAUCAGCAGCAAGUCUACCACCGCCAAAUCUAUAAUCGUCCUCAUCGUCAACAAUAUCAUCGUCGCUCAGAAUUCGGAAUUAUUGACGAUGGAAAUGACAAUUUUGAGCCUAUAUAUCCAUCAUUCGGUGCAAGAGAUUGUGAUUUUGGGACACUCAGGCAUGAAAGUCGAGAGGGACUAGACAUAUUUGGACGAGAUCUCAAUCAAAAGAUGAGAAGUGACCAUCUCCCAUAA